ACACACCUUCUUAUGACUCACAAGUAUAUAAACCCAAAAAUCUCCCUCUAUUAACACUCCACAUCUUCCAUAACAACAACAAUAUCAAGAAUGGCCAAAACACCAGAAAAAAACUCACCACAAAAACUAGCACCUUCAACAAACAAACCUCAAAUAUGGGAUUGUGGAAGUUCUCUCUAUGACUCAUUCGAGUUAAAAUCAUUCGAACGACAACUUGACUCAGCCAUAAUAUCUUCUAGAAGCCUCUCCAUGCCUCAUUUACCCGACCGCCGUGUUCUUGAUUCACAACAACAACAUAGUACUCAACCGGUUUCCAAGAAAAGUAGUUCAAGAAUCUCUAGAUCUUUCCAGAAGCUUCUAAAGUCUGUUUUUAGAGCGAAGACCCAGAGUAACAGUCAGCUUUUUCAUCAGGGUCAACAUAAUCAAGAUGGAUUUUACGUAGUUUAUGAUAAAUCUGGUGCCCUUACAACGAUUCCAGAAGGGCCGGAGUAUGAGGGUCUAUCGCCUGAAAUUAAGUCGUUGGUUAGAAGAACCGGUUCUGAGCGAUUUAUGGCGACUUCUAUUGGUAUUUCAUGUGCUUGAUAUAUAUAGAUCUUACUAUUAAUUGUAGUAAUUAAUUAUAAAAUGAUGACUAAUAUGUAUAGUGUUUGGUCAAGUUAUAUUCAGCGGUACAAUAAUUUCUUUCUGCUUUUGGGAUAUUGUUGUUGCUAGUAUUUGAACUCAAAUUUGAAGUUUUCAUGGCCUACAAUGAAUAUGUGGCAUCAUUC